AUGCCACAAACCACCACAUCCCCCGGGGUCAAGACGCUGGUGUGUAGAGUCUGUCAGAAGGCCUUCUCCAAAGCGGAGCAUCUAAGAGUAAUCACAACUCCCGUUCUUGCUUGCCUUGAUACUGGCUCAAAGCCGUUUAUCUGUAAGGAGUGUGGUAGGCCAUUUGCCCGGCAAGAUGCCCUUACUCGCCACGAGAAACUGCAUGUUCGCGCUGCAGGCCCUAAACAUGCUCGAGAAUCUCCAACGCGGCAUACUGUCGCCCAGCCGACUUCCUUGAAUACUCUGCCAAGUUGGGAUACUAUCAAAGUCCCGGCAGAGCCCCCAAUACUGACCCCUACCCCAACUCAGUCAUGGGAGACUUCACAGUCCGACCACGAUUCCGGGCUGCAUCAAACGGCGUCAGAUCUUGAUUUUUCGCUGGUAUGGCCCGAUUCCGAGGACCUUUUCCAGAGUAUCAUGUCAUCGGACACCACGGACCAAUGGCAGAUGCCCCUAGGUGCUCUACCAUUUCCGCCUACGGUGCAGGAUUCCAAUGCAAUGUCUUUUGGAUCCCCCAAUUCGUUUGACGACCGUACCUCUUCUAUAGGUGUGAUCCCCUUUGGGGGCAGCCAUGAGGCUGUACGGGAUGUCACCGAAAUGGUGACGAGUUCGUCGUCUAGCGUAACAGCUGCGAUUAAGGCAACCUCGAUCACCUCGGUAUUUCUAGACGAGUGUUUGCACAUGUUUUUCGUUCGAUUCAUCCCGACCUUCCCCGUACUGCAUCGGGCAACUUUCGUAUUCCGAGAAUGUACGCAUCCUCUUCUUCUGAACGCUAUGGCUCUCGGCUCUUUGUACCUGGGUCCUAAGGACUCGGUUGCGAAGUGGCAAUCCCUCAUCACACAUCGUGGUCCGUACGAUGCCUGCAAAGGCGUUCAACUUCUGAUCACUGCCCUUUUGGGUCAAAUAUACGGUGCAUUGUCCAAAAACAGGGUCAUUCGCACGACUAGUCAGGUUUUCCGUCCGCUUGGAUUCUUCUGGGCAAGGCAUUGUGGCAUGCUAGACUGCGCACCGUUCUCAUUAGAGAAUCUUCCUUUCCCCACGGCUUCAAGUGCCGAGAAAGAACAGAAAUGGCGAGUAUGGGCUGCAAGAGAGAUUCAGCAACGGGCAUUGCUUGCAUACCAUGUACUGGAUGGCCUCGUCGCCCAGAUGUCUGGGGACGGCGCCUCCACGCGGCACGUUGCCAAUCCACUCAUAUUGCCCAGCAAUGAGGCGGCCUUCGAUGCCAGCAGUCCUGAUGAAUGGCUAGUACACAUGCGCUCUCACACGACAGAUCAACCGUCAUUCAGGUUGAUCUUCCGCUCUCUUUUCCCUCCUAUUGGUAGCUUCCGGUCCCUUGACUAUCAGUUUUCGGCCUUCGCUUUGCGGGUUGUUCUCGAAGGUUUGCAGUCACUAGUUUCGGACUCCGAUGACAGUGAUCUGGUUGCCGUUGGUGUCCCCAGCCGCUCAGAUGUGAAAAAAGCGUUAGCCCAGGUCCACGAGACCAUUUCUAUGAGCAUUCAUCUCUCAGCCCCCGAAAGGCUUGAGGUUCUUUUACGCUGGCACACAAUUUGCUUGGACACGAUGAUCAACUCGACCGUGCUUUGCAGACAUGUUUGCUCUCGCUUCGACGUCGCCCAGCACGUGUCCGGCGGUUCUCGUACCAUGAAACCCGGGUUCGAUAUGGCCAAAUGGGUCAACACCGAGGACGCUCGGCGUGCUUUGUUGCAUGCUAUUGCAAUUCAGGACAUCAUCGAACAAUUGCCUAGAGGCCGAGCUCAUGUGAUUCAUAUGCCCAGCUCUCUUUUCGCGGCGGCAACUAUCUAUGUUGUCUUCUCCCUCGCCGGUGUGACAAACGUUAAGCUACCACGUACCAUCGUUUGGCCAGAUGCCCUGCUUUCGCAAUCUGACUUUAACCUUGGAUGUGAAAGUACAAUACCAUCGGCGCUAUCGGAGACAAGGCGCUUUGUUGAAGAAGGGAGGACAGACUCUCCGCCAGGCAUGGGUGCAAGCCGGAAUUUACUCUACGAAAUGAACUCGAUGCAGAAGUUGUUCCGCUGCCUUAUAUCACAAUGGGGAAUUGCCCAUGACAUGGAGGAAAUCGUUGACAAGUGGAUUACACUAUGUCAUUAG